GUAGGAUUUUAGUUCCAGAAUCGCAAACAUCAGAAACCUCUCUUCUUGUUGUACAGUAGAACUUUACCAAAUGAAGGAGCAAACAUAACUUUAUCUAGUUUGAGUGCAAAGUAACUACGUGACACGGGCGACCGGAAAGGGCAAUCUGAAUAUACGGCAAACAUCCUGUGAAUAAAAUACCGACACAACAAGGACAUUUUCGUGAAAAUGAGUGACUUGAACAGAUCUAUUUACGUGGAUUUAUCGAGUGGGGGAGUAAAUGGUGCUGAAAGUUAGAAGUCGGUGCUUGAUUCCAACACUUAGUCGCUGAACGGCUUCCUGCAGAGGAACGAAAAAUGAUGUUCAGUGGGAACACUUAGAACCGAUUUAAGUCAAUUUAGAACAGUUUGAGAAAAUUUCGGUUUUUUAUCGUGAGCUUGUUGUGUUUGAGUUCUGGUUUUUUUUUUCGAGAAAAAAAAAUUCGACAAGAACCAGACUGGAUAUUGGCAGAACAUCCUCGUGAUAAGCGUGAAGUGAGCGACUGGGUCGAUCCGAACCCAUCGAAGGGAAACAAGAAAAAUACGCUUGGCAUCAAUGAAGAAUUGAUUUUCUUUCCUGCCGCUAGCGCCAGUGCAAAGGACGUUGCCUAAUAAGCUUUACAGCGAGUGUAAACAGAUACGCACAAUUUUUUUGUAAAUUCGAUCGGGUUUCCCAAACUAGAGAGGAAAUUAGAGAGUUAAAGUACCAUCACUUUGAUUGGUUCAGAAAUUGAAAAAAAAUUAAUAAAUAAAUAAACUAGCAUAUUUUGUUGAUAUCAGCGAUUGUUGUAAAAUACUAAAAAUUGAAGAAAAAAUUAAUGAAAAACGAAGUUGAUAAUACGGAAAAUAGUGAAGAGCUACGUGAAAAGCAACAUCUCGAAGUGUACAAGCAUGAGGUGAAUUUGUGAAUGAAAAAUUGAAUAAUCUUCUAGAGAAACCAAAUAAAUCGUAAAAGUUAAUCAGUGUGUGCUGCAUAAACAAUUUUAUUUUCCGCCUUCAAAAGUACAGCAAAAAAGAAUCGAUUCCUAUUCGGGAGAGCGGCUACCGAGCGAGUGCAAGAAACAAAUGAAAACAAAAAUAAAACGAGUUAUUCGGUUCAGGUGAGCUGUCGUGCAAUGGGAUUCAGAAAAAAAGAAUAUUAAGGUGCACACUCGUUAGAGAAAAAUCCCCUUAACCUGCUGAUGUCAAUGGACUUGUAAAUCAAAUAAUUUUCGUACAUAUUUACGAAUUUGGUGAGCUGUAGCGGCUAGUGCAACAUUCCGGUUGGACCAAACCGAUUGCACAGAGUUUUGAUGAAAAAGUGAAUAUUACCGUUAGUGAGUGUGAGUGUUGAGAAUAAAAUUUAGUAAAGCCCCAAUUUACGAGUGUUGAUAAGUGGCUAAUAAAGAAUUCCCCUCGUACCUAGACGUACGUUUCCUUACAUUUCCAAUCAACCAUCAAGGCAGGCGAAGAUUCAAGGUGUAGUGAAAAUAUACGAAUUUCUCUCCCAAACACGCAAGUUCUGAAAACAAUUCUGAGUUUGGCUGUCCAAAUGUGUGACGUGAGGUUCGCAGACAGAAAUAUCGGCACAUAAUCACCCGAAAGUGUUCCAUCACGUUGAUAGCAGCAAAACAAGCGAACCUUCUCCAGCCGCACUAAACUAGCGGAAUCAGUUCGGCACAAAAAUAUGGUUCCACAGCUCAGCCACGAUCUGCAACUGAUAGUGUCCCAACAGGAGAUGAUGGAUACCGGUGUGGUGCAAAUGCAGCAGCAGAUUACCACCAAUGCGCUGCUGGAACAGCAGCAGCAGCAACAGCAGCAGCAGCAACAACAACAACAACAACAACAACAACAACAACAGCAGCAACAGCAGCAGGGUCUGCAGGUCACCAUGAACAGUAACGACCAGUUGAUGGUGGUUCAGCAGCAGCCACAGCAGCAGCAACAGAUAACAGUACCGGUCCUGUUCGGGUCCCAAAUGGUGGACAAAAACUCCAGCACGCCUUACACCGAUGCAACACAGACGAAAAAACACAGUCCCGGCCAUAUCAAGCGUCCGAUGAACCCAUUCAUGGUGUGGAGCCAGAUCGAGCGGCGCAAGAUCUGCGAGGUGACACCGGAUAUGCAUAACGCGGUUAUCUCGAAAAACCUGGGAGCCCGCUGGAAGGGGUUGAGCGAUGCCGAAAGACAACCGUUUGUGGACGAAGCAGAACGCUUGAGAAAGCUGCACAUGCAGGAGUAUCCCACCUAUAAGUACCGGCCAAAGAAAAAGCAGGUCAAGGGAACCGGCGGUAGUAAGAGCAGUACUGGGUCAUCUCCGGCCGCUUCGUCCUCACCUGCCUCAUCCACUUCUUCGCGCGAUAGCUGCAGAUCGUCGUCCACUACCGGUUCCGGUAAAAUCAAAUCAGGUCGGCGCAGUGGGAAGGUCAGCAAGAAUGACAGCAACAACAACAGCAGUAGCACCGCUCUAAAAUCAAAGAAAGCGGUACUCCGAGCGGAGCUGAGGGAUACGAACGGAAACAUCGAGGAACUUUAUUACCAUCAACAUCAAUGCGUCGGCGGGCAGUCGCCCAAUUCACCGGAAGGUGCUGCGUUGUACGACGACAGUUCACUGAUCUCUCCAGAGCCACCAUUUGCCAAUUCUGUAUUCGAAUCUGAUAACCAUCUUUUCUCCACCAAUCUGGACGGCCUUACGGCGGGUGACCAUUGCUUCGUUCAGCAGACUUUAUUCGAAAACGAGGAAGACAACAAAGCGUUUAUGCUAAAUCAGGAUGACGACUCGAAGAGUUACCUGUUCGCGAACGGGACGAUGAGCAACCAGGAACAGAAUGGUGCGGGAGCAAGUGCCGCUGGUGGGGCUGGCGGCGGCGGCGGCGGCGGCAAUGGGCUCAACAGCGAGGUUGACAUCAAGCGGGAAAUUUACUUCGAGGAAGACGAUCGGUUUCGGAUGAUGGACGAUUCCUGUCUGGACGAUGUGCUGAACGGAACGGGUCACCGGGAUCAAGUUAGCGCCCAAGUGCACAGUCCUAGUCCAGUUAGUGUGAGCUCCAUGGCUGACGUCCCCUACAAUGGAAUGUUCACGGUGAACAACGUGACCAACAACAGCAAUUUGACCGGCAAUACCCUGCUUAGCUUUAGUGAACUAUCCAGCAGUUGUCAGUCCCAUAACCUGCUGCUGCAACAGCACCUCAACACCAACCAGCUAAGCGCACUAACGCUCAACGCAUUCACCGCCCAGUUGGCCAACAGCCAACCGCUCCAGCAGAACCCCACGCUCAACGCCAUUUCGUCCAACUGCCAAUCCUCACCGACCUCCAGCGCUCUGAUAGUGAGUAGCUGUGCGAACUCCACCAUCAACAGCACCGUGACGACCAACUCGAUCGUUGCCGAUAUGGACUGCAGUCCGGCGACCGCCAUCAGCCAGCAGUCCCACAUAAACAGCCACAACCUGGUGCAGAUAGAUUUCACCGACAUGGUAGUUCCCGAAGAUCUCACCGACAUCACCUUCGAUCGGCUGGAAACGGCUUCCUCGUCGAGCGGUUCCCAUCUGGAGUUUCCCUGCUCGAAUGACGUUUCGCGGUUGCUGGAUAUCAAAAUGCCGUACAAUUAUUAGGAACAACAACAAAGAAGCAGAGAAAGAAGAAAAAAAACACGAAGUUCGGUUAUUUGUGAGUGCUGCAGCAUAGGGAUGCGAAGCGGAUGAAGACGGAGUAAGUUUUAAACGUCGAUGUAAACCAAAAAAUUAAGUGCUUUAUUGUGCGAAAGCUAGAGAGAGAGAUCGAGUGAGAGUGAGAUCGGGUAAGAUAAGAGUUCGAGAGUAUUAGGAAGCAAGGAUGUUUGUAGGUUUGAUUCGAUGCUGAGAGUAGGCAGAAGCAGCGUAACAUAGAACAGAAGAAGAAGAAGAAAAGAAACAAAUUUAAACGUGUUGUGAUGAUCAAACAAAACCAGAAUUGAGCAGAAGGUUGGUUGGUUUGUUGUUAAGGAAGAAAGUUAGCUUCUACGUUUGCUGGGUGAAAGGCAAAUGUUGGACAGCGCAGCAAGCCUACAGCAGAUGCGGUUUUUAAUUAAUUGGGAAAUUAGGAACGCGGGGUGAGUCAAUCAUCCGAGAAAAAGAAAAACCCGAGAGCCAAAACAAAAGAAAAAAAGAAAAAGAUUGUCAAUAAUUAGCGGGCGAGAGGCAGUUCAAUCGGUUUUGAUUUUUGCUGACCGUCGAAGGGGGGCCAGUAGCCACGUGGUACAAGAUUGAGAGAAAAAAAACAUUCAUCGUAAAGUUUUUUGAUGAAGAAAAAUUCGUUUCUCUUGAGGGGGGCGAAGAAAUCGGACAGAUUCCGAGAACGAGAACCAAAGAAAAACCUUCGCAAAAGUUUCGUAAGUCACCACUUUCCAGCUUUUAAUUGAUGACUGCAAUAAGAUGGGUUCCUUCUGGUUCCUUCCCCCGCUGGUUCCGCGGUUAAAGGGAGCUGGAAAAAGUUUUUGCAUCCACCAGACCAACCGUUACCGCCUGUUGACUGACUGACUGACUGACUUCGGUGUCCGGUCCGGACCGGUGGUGUUGGAGGGAGGAAAAUGGAAAAACCCGGAAGGACGACGACGAAUGUUUUGUGCGGUAUUUUCCAUUAAGUCAUUACGCUGAUGGUGUCCGCCCCCUUCCAUUUGGGGUUUCUUUCGGACAAGUUUAUGUGCAGUGGAAUUUUAAAAUGUCCUGAAAUGACAAGCGUACGACGCGACGGUGAGGCAAUGCUCCUUCCCGGCAAUGCCGAGAAGUGUCACCUCGGCUGCGCAAUGUCAAAAGAAUGGAUAGAUUUUGAUUGAUAUUUUUCUGUUUUUUUUUCUUCGCUCGUUUUUACUUCGAAACAAUUAGUUUCAUUCUUCAUCGCCGGCAAUCGACACUUCCACGUUCUGCGAGCGAGGAAAAUGACGCGCAGAACUUGAAUUUGAUAAAGAUUAUUAAAAAUUAGUUCCGUCGAGCCGGUGUGUACGGCUCGGUUGUUUUUUCCUGCUGCGGAUGAUUGUGACUGGAGCAAAACGGACCGUGGAAAAGCAUCUGCCGUUGUUUCGAUUGAGCUGAAAUGAACCGGCAAACAAGAUCAAUGAUCUGGAAAGCCGGAAAAUGACAGCCAGCCACCACGGAGAACGUCUGUCCGAGUUAGUCCGAGUCCGCCGACCGAGUGCGAGCGGCGAUGUCUGGGCUUGAUGAAAUUAUGAUUAUUGAUCGAACGAAUUUCUCUUCCUGCUGCUGUUGGCGCUGCCGUGGCCGCAGAAUGGUUGAUUUAUGUUUCGCGGCAUAAACCGUGGAUCAUUAUCUUAUUUUACGGCGAACGGUGGCGGCGCGGUUUCGCAGUUCGAUGCUUCUGCCUGCGGGUUCUUGCAUGGGUACGGGUAAGGGUAAGAAGCAAGUUACCGAGCCUUCAAAAUUGUUGCUUUGGCGCAGAUUUUUUUUUUUUGAGGUCUGCGGUUAUGAUUAGAAACUUUCAAUUAGAUUUUACUGGCGAAACCUUUUUUCUAGGGAAUCUAAAGUUGCCACUUAUUAAAUUAUGCCUGUUAUGGUUAUUUUAUGUUGUAAACACACCUACAUAUAAGUAUGUUUAUUUUUUUUCGAAAGCUAUGAGGUCUUUCAGAACGAACUAAACACAGUCAAAAUGUCCUGUAAGAUGCACCACAAAAUGAUCAUGAAAUUGAAUAUUACUUCUUACGAAACCUUCAAAACUAUUGUUAUUCAUACCUUUAUAAUGGUUUGAGCUCCUUCACUCUGCUUUUUAAGAAGAAAAAUUGAUUAAAAGAUCAAAUUUCUGUUUCGUGGCUUGAUCGUCUUUCGAUCCCGACGUGAGAGCUACUUCAGUACCAAUACUUCUGUUUAAAAGAUCACCAUUUGUCGACCAACAUUUGAAAGGGGCGGAUAAGCCAACUGUCAAACAGAA